UUCCCGAGGGUGGGGCGGGGGCAAGUGUCAGUCAGGGCAGAGCGCGGCGCGGGCAGCUGAGACCCGCGGCAGACAGGCAUCCGGGCCGGAACGAGGCCUGCAGAGAUGGAGUUCCUGCUGGGGAAUCCGUUCAGCACCCCUGUAGGGCAGUGUCUUGAAAAGGCCACGGAUGGCUCCCUGCAGAGCGAGGACUGGACACUGAACAUGGAGAUCUGUGACAUCAUCAAUGAGACAGAAGAAGGGCCAAAGGAUGCCAUUCGAGCACUAAAGAAGCGGCUCAGCGGGAACCGGAACUACAGAGAAGUGAUGUUGGCCCUGACGGUGCUGGAGACUUGUGUGAAGAACUGUGGCCACCGCUUUCACCUCCUUGUAGCCAACCGAGACUUCAUCGACAGCGUUCUGGUCAAAAUUAUCUCUCCCAAGAAUAACCCUCCCACCAUCGUCCAGGACAAAGUACUUGCUCUAAUUCAGGCGUGGGCAGAUGCCUUUAGGAGCAGUCCUGACCUCACUGGUGUUGUGCACAUAUAUGAAGAACUGAAGAGGAAAGGAGUUGAAUUUCCCAUGGCAGACUUGGACGCUCUGUCUCCUAUCCACACACCCCAGCGGAGUGUUCCAGAAAUGGAUCCAGCUGCCACCGUGCCCAGGUCCCAGUCGCAGCCCCGGACAAGUGCCGGCACCUACCCCUCACCUUCUCCAGCCUCCUACUCUACGCUGCAGGCCCCAGCCCUGAGUGUGACUGGCCCCAUCACAGCCAAUUCCGAACAGAUUGCUAGGCUGCGCAGUGAGCUGGACAUUGUUCGGGGAAACACAAAAGUCAUGUCUGAGAUGUUAACAGAAAUGGUCCCCGGGCAGGAGGAUUCUUCUGAUCUGGAACUGCUCCAGGAAUUGAACAGGACCUGCCGGGCCAUGCAGCACCGCAUAGUGGAACUCAUCUCCCGAGUGUCCAAUGAGGAAGUCACCGAGGAGCUGCUGCAUGUCAACGAUGACCUCAACAACGUCUUCCUCCGCUAUGAGAGGUUCGAGAGGUACCGGUCUGGCCGAUCUGCUCAGAAUGCCAGCAAUGGAGUACUGAGUGAAGUGACUGAAGACAACCUAAUAGACCUGGGCCCCGGCUCCCCUGCUGUGGUGAGCCCCAUGGUAGGGAGCACAGCACCCCCAUCUUCUCUCUCCUCCCAACUCGCAGGCUUGGACUUGGGAACAGAGACUGUCAGUGGCACCCUCAGCUCACUGCAACAGUGUAAGCCUCAUGAUGGUUUCGACAUGUUUGCCCAGACCAGAGGGAACUCCUUGGCUGAACAGCGAAAGACGGUCACCUAUGAGGAUCCCCAGGCUGUUGGAGGACUCGCCUCUGCUCUAGACAAUCGGAAACAGAGCUCAGAAAUGAGAGGGAAAGGUGGGGAUUGUGACCUGCAACCCAUAGACAGCUGGCUCAUGACCCAAGGAAUGAUCCCCGUUGCGCAGCCCUCUGUCAUGGACGACAUUGAGGUGUGGCUCAGGACAGACCUGAAGGGUGACGACCUGGAAGAGGGUGUCACAAGUGAAGAGUUUGAUAAGUUCCUGGAAGAGCGAGCCAAAGCUGCAGAAUCAGUUCCAGACCUGCCCUCACCCCCAACAGAGGCCCCUGCACCAGCCUCAAAUACUUCCAACCGGAAGAAGCCAGAGCGGUCUGAGGACGCACUCUUUGCCCUGUGAUCUGUCCUGUGGUUUGCCUCCCCAUGACAGGUCACUGCUGACGCUCCUAGUGGACACUGGGCACUGGCCACUCCCUAACCCCACAGCCUGCACAUGUGUAUCUCCAUGGAAAUGACACUGAUUGCUCCCAGGCCUGCCUGGUCAGGGCCCGCUUUGCCACUUUUUCUCUGAGCAGCACUGACCAGAGGGCCUGUCCUCCCUUACCCAAGGGCUCUUGGCCUUGGGUCUUCCCAGGAAGAAGCAGUGGUCCAGCCUCAGGCAGGGUAGCCCCUUGACACUUUAUGAGCAGAGCUCCUAAACUGACUCUCACUACCCCAUCCUGCUUCUGCCUAGCUCCGUGGCUUCCUUAGGUGAGACACUCUGCUCCCCUGGACCCCUUCUUCCAUCAAGGACUCUGGGAAAGCAGGGCUCAAGUAUCUGUAACCACAGGCUUCGUCUCUCUCCCUGGACUGGGUGGCACUAGUGUCUGUACUGUCGCUGGCCCUUCCUCUGUCCAUCAGCUGCUAGGCCUUGGACCUGUGGCUCUCGGUGUGAGAAGGGCCUAGGGCAGCACGUGCCCUGCAGAUGGUAGACAGCUUACUCCAUGCACACUGUGCACACUCACAUCAGCCCUGAUGUCUGGAGAGGGUUGUUUGCCAGUGCAACAUGACUUUAAUGUAUCCCGUGACUAGGCUUUGCCUUCAGCAACCUCCAUAUGGCUCCCUCCAGGCCCAGAACAGGUAGCUGUGUGUGCUGUGCCUGGAGGUCCCGAUGACCAGGGGCCGCGUCAGGCUGGAGCCACACUCCGCUCUUCCCCACUCUUCCCCCUCCCUGACAUGGCCUCAGCCUUCAUGGCUGUCCCCACUUGACCUGCCCCCCACCUCACAUGCCCCCUAGCCAGCAGUUUCAGUCUGAAGCCUGACAGCCUGGAUCUGAGCAAGCGAGAGCUGGUGGUACCUGCUCCUGCCCUGUCUUGGCUGGUUUGUUCCCUGUCUCUGAGCAAAUGGCCAGUGCUCCCUGAAUCCUGGUCUAGCUGCUGUCGCCUAGAGAAAGGAAAAAGCUGUUGCAGCUGUAUUACUAUAUACUGUGCAGGUCACCACACACUCCCCACCCAAUGUGUGGUCAGCCUUUCCCACCGUUAGAAUGGCCCAGUGCUACACCUGUUGCCACCGAGUGCCAGCCCCAGCAGGGAGAGGAGGCUGGGUCCCACCUGCAGUAAGAUCAGUGCGCAGGCUCUGGGCAGCUCUUAGGGUGGGACCGUAGCCCUGGGUGAGAACAGAAAUGGCCUACCCCAGGACUCUGGUUAGAGUUCACCUGGCAGGGCCUGUGGAGGAUGUCAGCUGACCUGCUAACUACCUAGCCCUCUUUGAGCACCUUCCACCCCUCCACACACUCCAUCAGAACCUGUGGCCAAGCAGAGCUUCUCUGUCAGUGUUUCUCAAAGGCAGAGCCCUCUAAGCUAGGCUGAUUAUUAAGGCCUCUGAAGGCUUAUCACACACCAGGGGAGGCUAGGGAGCCCAGUGUACCUGGAAGCUUGGCCUUUGGCACAGUCUAAAAGGGUUGUCUCUGGGGAUCAGCUGUACAGUCUAAAGAGCUGGACCUGUGGCAGUAGGCAAUCAGGCCAGCAUCUCUGAAUUAAGAGAAUGCCCCUGCUUGUGGGUAAUAUAGAGAAGAAGAUGGGCCUCCAUCAGGGAGAGAGAUGGAUGUGGAGGCCUACCUUGGGUGUUCCCAGCAAGGCUGUUUCUAGUACCAGUGUCCAGAUGUCCCCUGUCCUCCUGACUACAGCUGCCCUGGGGGCAGCCUGUACUCAAGGACUCCCACAGGCUGUGUCAAGAGACCGUCUUUCUGGCUGAGAGCAGCCCAGCUGGUAGUCUGGUUUCUCUUGUCUAGAGGUAGUCCGCCUUAUCUGUGGGCUGUAGUGACAUGUGCCUGAGGCCUUUAUGAGAAGCAAAAUUGGGCCUAGGGGGGAUCAUGAAGGGGGUUCAACCCUAUGGACUGUCCUGUCCUGAGGCCUGUGGUUCCCCACCAUCUGUGGGCAAAGUCCUUAGAAGCUGGGCCCUCUCAAGCCAGCAGCCUUGACAAGUGUUAGAAAUCACAGAUAGAGUGUGUACUUAAUUACACUAAAUUAUUGCCGGGACUCAUAAGCACUAAUUACACCUGAUUAUAGGUUAAAAUAUUUAUUUUGUCAAAAUAUUUUCUUGAGGAUGUGUUUAACCUUUUCUUGUUCAUUGUGUGCUGAAGUAUGAAGAUUGCUUCUUCCUACCUUUUUGGCCAUCAGGCAGCAGCAAAGGAAAGUCACCAGGUAUAUGUUGAUCCUGUGAGUCUGCCCAGGUACCAGGAAGGCAGGCUAGAGUUGGGCAGAGACUGAACAACUCAGUUAUCUGAAUAUGGGACAUGGGGUUUCAGAGCCAAAAGGGCUUCUUGGUAGCUGUGGCCAGAGCUAGUUUUCAUUUCCUGUCAGCCCCUCAUGUGAGUGACUGUGCCUUGGCGUGAGCCCUUGUCCUCCCCACCUGGCCCAUGCUGUCACCCACAGCACUGCUCAGCCGGGAAAGUGGUGGCUGGUCCCUAAGUGGCCUGGUGGCAGUGAGUUCCUUUGCUCCACCACAAGACUUUUCUGCUCGCAAUCCUCUGACUGAUGUUCUCAGAUGGCUCAGGGCAGACCCAGGCACUCUAGGGGCCAGGUCAGCCCUAUGUGACUGGGAGAACAGCAGGAGAGCCUUUGUUCCUGCCUGGUCAAUCCACAGUCUCCCUGUGGUCUGCUGUUGGGAUGACUGGAGUCUCCCUGUGUGCUCAGCCUCACAGAAGGCCAGGACGGGAAUAUGUCUCCUCUUGGAGGUCCCCCCUUUAUGGUCCUGUGGCACCUACUUAGCUCAGUGCCCAUCUCCAGCCCUUCUUGUUCAUGGAGGUCUAGGCUAGUCUUCCCUGGGUUCCCAAGAACAAUUGUCCACCCUGUGUUCUGACUGAUCCUGCCAUACUCACGCCCCGGGCUCUCUGGGAGAGCAGGGGUAGUUUCUUCUUAAAGUUUGCACUUUGUCUGGAGGAUCUGAGGAUCCCUGGGGCUGCUGAAAAGAUGGACGGGAUUGAGUCUGUUAUUCUUUUGUCUUAGGAGUCAGGUUCUUGUCACUGUCUUGUGUGUGUGUGGGUAGAGCUGGUUCUGGAGGGUGGCCCAACGUGACAACUAGUGUGUCCCCACCCCACUGGUUCUUCUUCCAAAUACUGUCUCUCUAAUUUGUGUUCUUGCAUGUAAAGUACGCCACAAUAAAUAGUUGAACCAGC